AUGGCAAGCACGAUGAAUAACUUUGAACUCGAAUACUCUGCCGCUGCUCCAGAGAAUGAUUCCCCCGACACCAGCGACGGAGCUCUACACUCUUCACUAUCGUCAAGCGAUCCGUCCCUGAUGGGCUUCCCAAACGGCCAUGUGGCGAACUACCCGUUCGCUGAGAUGCUCUCGCAGGACUUUGAUCCCUCUCUGCAGUCCUUUGAUCAAAUUCCCAGAUCCCAGGGAGAGAUCGAAGGGCGUCUGUCGUCUGUGAUGCUGGGGUAUGACCCUCCAACGACUGGAGUGUCAAUGCCUAUCAGUUUGGACUCGAACGGUGCUUUCGCCUAUGACAUUCCAACAACCUACCCCUCCACCACCAUGGGCUUAGUGCCCACCAUGGACGAGUCCCAAAUACAAUCCGCAUUUCCUUUCCAUUCAUCCCUGUCGCAGCAGAACCAAUAUCUCUCGUCACAGCAACAGGUACCGCUGCCAGAAUUAUACAACGGCCACACAAGCACCACCACCAAUUCGACGGAAUCGUUGGAAGACUCGGACUUUUCACGAGCCAGUGAGCGAUCGCAGCAAUUGAGUCUUCAGCAUUCCAUUCAAGACACCCAACGCUAUACCCCGUAUCCGCCCUCUCAACAGACGAUAUCCUCAUAUCGCUUAUCGCAACCCAUUGCCAUUCAGCCGAAAAAGCCCAUUGCUGCAGUCAAAGAGGACCUUUCGCCAGGCCUGGCGACUCCCGAUGCCGUAUGUACAGAGCACACUGGAAUUUACUCGAAUAGUGGAUUUGAUGUGUUGGGGGUCCUGUCCCGUGUGGCCAUGCGACCAAAUCCGAAAAUCAAUAUCGGCGCUGUUGAUCUGUCUUGCGCCUUCGUCCUCUGUGAUCUGAAGCGGGAGGACCACCCAAUCGUGUACGUUUCGGACGCCUUUGAACGAUUGACUGGGUACACCAAGAACGAGAUCGUCGGCCGCAAUUGCCGCUUUCUCCAAGGGCCCGACGGCCAAAUCAUCCCGGGCGCCAAGCGAACCUUUGUUGAUGGACAGACGGUUCAUCGUUUACGAUCCACGAUUCACGAUCGAAGCGAGAUCCAGACCAGUAUCAUCAACUACCGCAAGGGUGGUCAGCCAUUCAUGAACUUGAUUACGAUGAUCCCCAUCCAGUGGAAUUCGGAGGAUUACCGAUUCUACGUCGGUUUCCAGGUCGACCUGGUAGAGAAGCCGGACGCGGUCAAGGGACGAAACAUCGACGGCACAUAUAGCGUCAACUACCAACGUGACCAACUACCAAAGUAUGUGGUCCCUCCUGCCGAAGUCUUCAGACAACGGCCGGAUCUGGCCACCCAUUUCGGCCAUGAUGAGGUGACCGCUGUCCUCAACGCCGCGGGUGUUCCAGGCUCUGGCGUGUCACGCCAGUAUCUAGAUCGCAUCCUGGUUGAAAACUCCGAUGAUGUGAUCCAUGUUUUGUCCUUCAACUGCGAAUUCCUCUAUGUGUCGCCAUCAUGUAAGCGAAUUCUGGAAUACGACCCAUACGAGCUCGUGGGCAAGACACUAUCAACUAUCUGUCACCCGAGCGACAUUGGACCGGUGAUUCGUGACCUCCGGGCCAGCACGACGCCAGCGCCCGUGAGCAUUGUAUACCGGAUUCGACAGAAGUAUAAGGGCUACAUUUGGUUUGAGGCCCAUGGCGCCUGGCAUAUCGACCCAACACAAGGGCGCAAGUACAUGGUGAUGACUGGUCGUCCUCGGCCAGUAUAUGCCUUAGACCAGGUUGCCCAGCUUGGAUCCAAGGCCGCUCUAUCUGAAAAUGAUAUUUGGGCCAAGGUUUCACUGUCUGGGGUGAUCUUGUUUGUGACAUCCAAGGUGAAGCCGGUCUUGGGCCGAUCUCCCGAUGAUCUCAUUGGCAAGAGCAUGCACGAGCUCAUGGAUCUCGACGGUGAUCCCAAUGCGAUCACUGAAGCGCUCGAGCUGGCAGCCAGUGGCCAAGGUCGCGACGACGGCACGAAGAAGAGCGGUGAACCGCCCUCUUUUCGGCAUCAGAUGCGACACAAGAAGGGUCACAUGCUGUCAGCCCACACCACACUCUACUCUGGCGACUCCCACAAUGUGCGCCCUUCGUUCUUGGUUGCUCAGAUACGAUUCGCUCGUGCAUUCCCUCCUUCGUCGGCUGCUGCAUCUGCCGCCGAAGAUGAAGAGCUCGGCAAUGUGCCCGGUUCAUCCAAGUCAACGACCCUGACCACAAUGGACCCUAAUCCACCCAUGCAAUUUGGCGCGCUGGGCCAGCGCAUGCCAUUCCUUUCCACGGUCGCCGGCCUGAACGGUCUUCCCUUGGGUAACCGUAGCAUCUCUCCCUCCGAUGUCCCCGCUACCUUUUUCACAGAGCUGAACCCUACCCGUGGCUCCAGCUGGCAGAUUGAACUUCGUGAGUUGGAGAAACAAAACCGCGGGCUGGCGGAUGAGCUGCAGCGCCUGCUAGCCCGUCGCAAGAAGCGCAAGCGCAAGCAGAGUGCCGUCUCUGUCGAGAAAUCUUGUGCCAUGUGUAGCACAAAAAACACGCCCGAGUGGCGCCGUGGCCCCAGCGGUAAUCGUGACUUGUGCAACAGCUGCGGUCUUCGCUGGGCAAAACAAGUCCGCAACAAGGCGCAGGCCGCGGCUUCGGGGAAAGCCGCCCCAGCAAACGCUCCUGCUCCCGUUGCUGCACCUACGGCGAAGGCGUGA